GCUUUAUUGGACUGGUUGUUCGAAAUCCCCAAAUCUGUUCAUUCAAAUCAAGAAGAUGGAAGUCGAAGAGUCGGGCAGAACUUGAGCAUAUGUGGGCUGCAGUUACGGAAUAUUUCUAUAAUCCCCAUAUGCUAUUGUGGCGCGGAGGAGUGGCUGCUGUGGUGCGAAGGAGUGACUGCUUUCGCGCGGAGGAGCUGCUUCUGUGGAGCAGAGCGGAGCUGCUGUCUGAAUGUGAACAAUUUCAGAAAAUCCAGUUGUGUUGUGCUACUCCUCCCUCAGCAUAUAAUGUGUGCAGAACAAGUUCAGUAGUUUAUGGUAUUUCUGUUGUGUUUUAGGAAAUGGCACCAAGUAAAACUUGGAUGCUUGUGGACAAUAGGCUCAGUGAGGAUUAUAAGAACGGAGUUACAGAAUUUUUAGACUAUGCAUUUCAAAGGAAUAAGGGCAGGUGUGAGAUUAGAUGUCCAUGUGUGAAGUGUUGCAAUGGAAAGUCAGGAACACGUGAGACCGUAACUGCACAUUUGCUCAUUUAUGGAAUGGUCCAAAACUAUACAUUUUGGUGCCACCAUGGAGAAAGGUCGGGCAAGGCAUUUGGUCCAGCAUUCGAAAAUGUCAACGGUGCAGAUGAGAAUGAGUAUGAGCAUGAGAAUGAGCAGGAGAAUGAAAUGCAUCAGGUUUUGAGAGAUUUGUAUCCUAAUAUUGACAUCAGUGAAGAAGAAAUUGAUAUGGAUUCUGAGGAAGCAUACAAUGAGUCACCAAAUGAUGAAGCAGAAAAGUUCUAUAGACUGUUAAAUGACUCUGAGCAACCUGUUUAUGAUGGUUGUAAAAGUUCAAAGUUAUCAACUAUAGUGAAGCUUCUUCACAUAAAGACUCUUGGAAGAUGG